CAGCCAGCAGUGCCGCAAGCCAGGAACACCUGUCUUUCUCUCUCCACCUGAAGAGGUGGUGGUGAGUGUAUCGUUGUCUUUUGUUAGCGCCGGAAGCAUCUGGAACUUUGAAAGAGGGUGAAAUGGCUUUAGAACCGCAUUUCAUUAAGUCCGUGUUACCCAUACAGGAAAUAUUGCUGUCCUCAGAAGCCAAUGACACAAGUUUGGUAGUGCCUACAGAAGAGAAAAUUACGACAUCUAGACAUUUGUUAUCUGAACGGAGCCUACGAGUUCAGCAGCAAGUGCAACAUACCCUCGCUCGCAAAGGAAGGCUAUCAUCCUACAGCAGCCCUCGUGUGACCAGCAGCAGUAAGAGCUUAUCAAGCUAUGGGAUGACAAAUGGACACUCCUUUCACCUGAACCGUAAUCCUUCUCACGGCCGACUCGUCACUUAUGAUGGUGGCAACACCUUCAGCUGGAAGGUGGGCGUCAAGAGUCCUAUGCAGCGCGUGGACGUGACUCCAGACGCCAGCCCUGUCCUCUUGCGGGCACAUCUGGGUCAGAGGGCACAGCGCCACAGCCAGGACACCAGCUGGGUAAACGGCUCCUUCACCAUGCCCGCUGCGCGUCCCUCUGUCAUGGAGCAGAGCCCCCGGACGCUGGCGCCGCCCUCCCACCGCUACGCCCACUCCGAGGUCGUCCGCGGGACCCGCUUGUACAGCACCAUCCAUGGAGCCGUGAACCGGCCGGCCAACCAGCCCCUGUCCCAGCCCAGGCCCCGGCCCAGACCUGCGGUGCCCCGGGAGGACUUCCUGGUGCACAGCACCCCCUACAGGAGCACAGAGGCCCAGCGGGUGGCCAUGGGCUCGUAUGGGACACACAGGCAGACCGGGGGGCAGCUAGGGUGGCAGACAGGGGGACCAUCUGAGGGGCAGUCUGGGGUGGGCGGCCAGGACACAGGCAGCCUGGCCUGGCUGAACCAGGUGACAGUGAGGAGGGACAGCCACCGGACGGAUGGGGAGAGGCGCGAGUCCUGCCCAGGCUCUGUGGUCAGCAUGGAGCUGGAUACCAGCGUGAAAAAGGCUGUAGUUGGACAACAGGCUCAGCAGACAGCAGUCACCGAACGGAAAGCUGAGGGGCAGGGCACUGCGAUGACUGUGGAGAAAGCCAUCAGCCUUCUGGCACAGGACGACGUGGAUGUGCAAGUUUCUGCCGCCUCCUUCUUGCAACAGCACUGUUUCAACAGUGCUGAGGCCAAGAAGAAGGUCUCUUACUUGCAUGGCAUCCAGAAGCUGCUUGCCCUUCUGCAAAGUGACAGUGAGGAGCUGGAGCACGCUGCUUCCGGGGCUCUGCGGAACAUCGUCUACGAGAGCAACCAGAACAAGAUGGAGGUGAGGGACUGCGAGGGUGUACCGGCCAUCCUGAGCCUGCUCACAACAAGCAGAGACACAGACACCCGAAGACAACUCACAGGACUGUUAUGGAACCUGUCCUCCCACGACCAACUGAAGGAGUAUCUUCUCCGAGAGGCCCUGACCACUCUCACAGAGUCUGUGAUGGUGCCGUGCUCCGGCAUCAACGAAGGAGAAAAUCCCAAAGAGGACCUCUUGGCUGAUGCAGAGGUCUUCUACAACACCACAGGCUGCUUACGCAACCUCAGCUCAUCGGGCCCUGAUGGCCGUAAAGUCAUGCGAGAGAGAACUGGCCUCAUCGAUGCUCUGAUCUACUACGUACGAGGGACCAUCGCUGACUACCAGCCCGAUGACAAGACAACAGAGAAUUGCGUGUGCAUUCUGCACAACCUCUCCUACCAACUGGAGGCUGAGCUCCCACUGAGGUACGCCGGAGACCUUUACACGAUGCGAGACGCCGCCACGAUCAAGACCAAAACCCCAGGCUGUUUCCCAGGCAGGAGUGUUGAGAUUGUAGAGCAGCAGGAGCACCAGCGCCCCCUGCUGGAAGACAAGUCCAACCCCAGCGGGGCCGAGUGGCUCUGGAGCGCCAUCACCACACGCAUGUACCUGUCACUCAUCGCCCGCAGCAGCCGCCAGUGCACGCAGGAGGCGUCGGUGGGAGCCCUGCAGAACCUGACCGCUGGGAAUGGAGCGCAGAUAGCAGAGUCACUCGCUCACGUUGUAGUGCAGAAGGAAGGGGGUCUGUCCCAGCUGAAGACGCUGCUGGAGGACGGUGAGAUGGACAUCAAGAAGACCACCGCGUCCCUCCUGAGGAACCUGUCUCGCUUCCGAGAGCACCACAGUGAAAUCAUCAAACAAGUGUUGCCUGAACUGCUGGCCAUGCUGCCCAGCUCGGACAUGGGCACCGACCUCCCGAUGGACGUCACCGUUUCUUUGUGCCACAUCCUCAUCAACCUGUGCCAGGCCGACACGCAGAGCGCCCGUGCCGUGGUCAACCAUGGGGCACUGCCCAAGAUCAUCAGCAUCAGCACAAGGGACAACGGGUAUGGACCCACCCGUGCUGCCCAAACAGCUGGGGUUCUGCUGCACACUAUGUGGAACCAAGUUGAACUCCGUGGAGCCUACAAAAAGGCUGGAUAUCGAAAAUCUGACUUCAUCAACAGCCGGACUCUGAAGGCGCAGCCCGCACGUGACUGAGGGGAUUCAUGGGGAGCAGGAUGGAGAUGCGGGUGAUUCCAUUAUGACCUCAUCACGCAUGACAAAGGUGUGACCGGUUCCAUUAUGACCUCAUCACGCAUGACAAAGGUGUGACCGGUUCCGGUGAGAGGCUGUCUCACCUGAAUGCUCAAACAGAAAGGGUGUGGCACUUUUUUCCACCUCAUUAGAUAAAGUGGCACAGCGAAGCCUGGGUGGGGUUGUUCGACUCUGCAGGAUUUGCACCGGGUGCACGGCUCUGGUUUCAAAGCACCUGGGGACUGGCACUCCACUGACCUGUCCUCCAUUAGGAGGAGUGUCCCUUUCAGAGUGGACUAUGUGAUGUAGCACAUAGAGGAAGUAGAAAAGUGUAUAUUCAGAGGUAGUCACAAACACUGACUCUCACUCAGAAGUUUUCAAAAAACUCACUAGUUUUGUUGCUGAAUAUAAAGGAUAAACGUACAUCGGCAGUGAUGAAGACUCCCUUUCCAAUGAUUCACUGAAUAUUAUAGUGACUUUUGUGGAUUCAGAUUUAUCCUUUUUGCAAUGCACGUCUUAACAUUUCUUGUGUUUGUUUUGCCAGCAAUGAAUAGUUUUGUAAUUUUGUCUGUAUUUAAUUAAAGAUUGUUUGAAUAUGGUAACAAUGCAAAUGGUUAUGGAAUUUCUAUUUGAC